AUGUUCGGCUUAGAGGUCGUUGCCCUUAUCGCAGCUAUCACCGGUGCCUUCAGCAGCACAAGCUCGUUUUUGACAAUGCGAAAGAAUCGGAAAGAAGAAAAGGCUCGCCGAAAAGUGGAAGAGAUGGAAAAGCUCCAAAAUGCGGUUGCGCUGGCGCCACCACAAAUCCAGGACGAAUACGACCGUGACUUUGCCAGGGUUGGGCCACGAUUCGCAGCAGGAGACUUAAUUGCCAGAAGCCAACUCACCAGUAUUUUGAUCAACAUGCAACAAAACAUGAUCCAGAAGCUUCAAGGGUUCCUACUAUCCAAUCCAGCGAAUCCCGUCAUCGAUUAUGCAUCUCUGCUUAACCUUUCAGACCGCUCAAAGCUCGAUUCAAUCUCGUCGUUGGCCCAACAAUAUCAGCGCUUCAGUACGGCUGCUCCGAUCGCUAGAACAACACUGAGUCUUCCCUCGUCAGCCAAUAGGCCGGACUUCUGUCCCGGAGCGCUCGCGCUACAGCGUGACGAUACAACACCGUGUAGUAUAGAUUGGAAAUGCCCGUCAUGCACACUCAGAAUGGCGCCGUGGAAGCCUAAAGGACCGCGGCCGCCUACGCGGGCAACUGGAUGCCAGGGUAUGCAUUUUCGCUUCUCAUUCAAACAGCAUGUGGCCUCAACUGCAAGGGAGCGCGGGAGUUAUGGAAAGCACGUUGUCUACAGACAGUGCACGAUUUGUUGGGAGAGGCUAGGCGUCGUGUCGAAGAGGAUGGCCAAGGAUGAGUGGCUGACACAUAUGAGUGAGCACUUUACGACUGGAGGGUUUGAGAUGUGUAGGAACAGAGAUGGGGAGCAGCAGAGGAAGUUGAUUUGUGGGGACCAGUGGUGCGAGAAGAUUCAUGCUGGAGUCUAG